GCCGCCGCACCGCCGGGACCGCCGCUUGCCCCGCGCCCCCGGCCCGCCCGCUGCCCGCUCGCCCUCGCCCGCCGCCCCGCGACCAUGGCCGGCUGGCAGAGCUACGUGGACAACCUGAUGUGCGAUGGCUGCUGCCAGGAGGCCGCCAUUGUGGGCUACUGCGACGCCAAGUACGUCUGGGCAGCCACGGCCGGCGGCAUCUUCCAGAGCAUCACGCCAGGAGAAAUAGAUAUGAUUGUAGGAAAAGACCGAGAGGGUUUCUUCACCAAUGGUCUGACCCUUGGUGCAAAGAAGUGCUCUGUGAUCAGAGAUAGCCUGUAUGUCGAUGGUGACUGCACAAUGGACAUCAGGACAAAGAGUCAAGGUGGUGAGCCGACAUAUAAUGUUGCUGUAGGCAGAGCUGGACGAGCAUUGGUUAUAGUCAUGGGAAAGGAAGGUGUCCAUGGAGGGGCACUCAACAAGAAAGCAUAUGAACUGGCUUUAUACCUGAGGAGGUCUGAUGUCUGAGCAGCCUCUCCCCAUCCACCUAGCAGCUGUCUGCACCACCACCCGCUUGUGUCAGUGCUACCAGACCGUAGAUGGUAGUUUGUGUUUUUUUAUUUACCAUUUCCUACUGUCAUAACUCCAGUUCCCCCUUGUUCAUCUCUGUAACCACUGUAGGUAACCGAGCCCAUCUGGCACCACCAUGACGAUGAUAUGCAUGAUAACUUGAAACUUGGGAGGGGAACAUGCCAAGUGUAGGCUCUGCUUCGUCUUAGCAAUUAGUAUGAUAUUGACAGCUAAACCAACUGAGAUACUAAACAAGGUGCCGAUUGUACAAUCUAAUUUGAUCAAUGCCUCUUCAGCACUUUGAGCAAGUCACAGCUCACUAGUCUUCCUUUCACAGAGCACGGUUGGGAGGAAAAAAGUGUGUGCAUAUCUUCAUUUCUGUCCCUCUCUUUGUUUCUGUUUUUUAAACCCAUGUGUUUGCUUACACCCAUUUUUAUAGUGCCUGGUUUGUUUAACCAAUUUGCCACUCAAAAGCUAUUAAUGUCACAUUAGUUUUGUCAUUGCACUUCACUGUAGGCUUAACUCUUACUUUUUCUUGAUGUUGUCUGAAGGUUGUACUGCUUAACAAGUGCAAUCACAAAACUAUGAAAGGGUACAGAUGUACUUCCUCCCAUGACCUUAAACCACCAUCCUAAGGACUCCCCAGACAUUCCAUCAUUACAAUAGCUCAGGCACUUUUUUUUUUUUUUUUUUUUUGCCAGCUCCUGUUCUGUAGUUGACUUGUGCAAGGCUGCCACUGUGGCCAUUAGCUAGCCUGGUAUAACCAGCUGGAGUGUGUCUGGUUUCAGUUUCUCAUAGGACCAAUUUUAAUUUGCAGCUUGGGGGUUGGGGGGUGGGCGGUGGUGUAUUUGUUUUUUAAUAUGAAACUGCAAUGUCAUUGUGGAAAACUGCCACCUUCAGCUACCCUGGGAGCUCUGACUGGCUUCAGUCUUUCUGCCAGAUCACUCAAUGGUGCAGAGUUUGGCUGCUCUGAAGCCACUGUUUGGAUGAAGGUCGGUAGUUUGUAAGCUAAACUGUCAAAAUGCCAUUUCAAAUUUAAAAAUCUUCAUCUGGCCUGUCACACCCUUGCUGCAGAAAUGAUGGAGUGAGCUGCCUUGUGCACGAGUCAUCUGAAAAUGUCUGUAACCAAACUCAGUUCAGGCACGGUUCUGACCUGUAUGUCCAUUGCAAGAACUGCAGAACUCUGUAUACUAAAGAAUAAAUGGGAGAUGGUAGUGGUUGGAAUAACUGACUUGGCUGUCUUGUGAUGAAUUUUUUAAUAUGUAUUCUGUGCCAUACUAUUGUUAAAAAAAAAAAGUGAACUGUUGCUAUUGUGAGAUGGAUUUUAACUGACUCUGAGGGUUUCUUUUGACUGGCACUACCUUAGGGACAUUCUAGUAUUUGCUUCUGUUGUUGGGCCUUGUGGAUAAUGUACAGAUUUAAACAAAUUCUUGUUGCUGAUUUGUCCAUUUCUUUCCCUGCACUUUGUUACAUCUGGGAUACAGUCUAACUCAUCUGAUUUAAUAUGCAUUUCAAAAAAUGCCAUAACUAUUAAAAACACCUUGUUUACAGACAGAUGAAAUAAAUUUAUUCCAACCAAACAAAA